CUGCCCCACGCAGCCGCACGAGGCAGAGAUAGCUGGAGGGUGGAAGAGGGGCAUCUCUUUUCUCCUCUCUUCCCUUUCUCAUUGCUGUAUCCUUGCUUUGCACGUUCUCGGGAUCCCUGUGAAAAGAAAGUGGACGUGAGGGGGCCGAGAAGUGCGGUGAUUCCUUCAAAAAGAAUUAAAGUACUGCAAACAUGUCUGUGAGCAGUGGUGAACACCGAACCUUUACUAAAUACCCCAAGAAGAAUGGGAAGUCAGAGCAGCAUAAAGCCUUGGGACACAGGAAGAAAGAAUCAGAAGUGUAUGUUGGAAAUCUUCCAUUGGACACGAAGGAGGAGGACAUUCUAUCCCUUCUGAAGGACUUUGGCCCACUUCGUGUCCAGAAAGUCCAGAAUGGCUGCAAAUGCUUUGCAUUUGUUGACCUGGCCUCUGCAGAGAAUGUGCACCUUGCAGUCAAGCAGCUGAAUGGACAGAUGUUUCAUAACCGGAAAUUGUACCUGAACUCAAACAAUUGGAUCCCCAAGCAGAGCUUGGACUCCACCAAGAGCAACACAGAACUACCGGCUUUGGAGAAUGUUCCCUUUGAAGACAAAGCUACUGUGAUUCCUGGUGAAGAAGAGGAAGCCUCAGUGACCCUUGUGCCUACCAGCCAGACCCCUCGAGCACCUGUUUCCACUAAUGUAACCGAAAGACCAAGGACAGCCUCCUACGCUGUUCCCAUGGAGAUGAGAGGAUCCUUCUUGGUGUUUCUGCUAAGGGAUUGUUUCCAAGAUCUGAGCUGGCUGGCCAUCAUUCGCAGCAUCCGGGGGGAAGUGGGGCUAUUGGUGACAGAUACAAUCCCCCAAACACCAUUCUUCUGGGCCAUACACCUCACUGAGGAGGCUCAUGUAAACAUGGAGAAGCUGUUCUAUGCCCUGGCAGAAGUGGAGGAGCAGCAGCCUUACUUGGCAGACGCAGAAGUUCAGCGUGGAAUCCGUUGCUUGGGGGAAUGUCACCUGGGGGACGAUGAUGGUGGAGCUUGGAACAGGUGCUGGGUGUUGGACCGAGUAGGCGACUGGGCUGUAGUGCUCUUCAUUGAUUUUGGCUGUUCAGCCACUCUUCCUGUGCAGUCUCUGCGAAACCUGGAUAGUGAUGAUUUCUGGGCCAUCCCACCUCUGACUCAGCCCUUCAUGCUAGAAAAAGAUGUUCUCAGUUCCAAGCAAGCUGUUCGUCAAGUCAUAAAAGGAAAAAUCACUGGCUGCUUGAGCAUGGAGUCUCACAUCCUGAAGUUUGAAGAAAUGAAAUGAUAAACCUGUUCACUCAUUUUUGGUUUCCCAUUCCACCCCUAAGUCCCAGUUCCCUAAAUGAUAUCAAAUCCCCCUCGUUUGGAUUGUAGCCAUUCUGUUUCACUUCAUCCCAUUGGAUCCCUCUUAUGCCUGUAUCCCCAGGAUAAGCUUGUGAUUAUAUUUGAUUAGAUUCCAGUUCACAGGGCUUUGGACCCUGGCACAAAACCUGGAAAUUCCAGGAAAGGAGUAGUUAGAAAGUUUUACUUUUGUCCUGGUGCUCUUCUAAGAAAUGAGCUGUUUAUGAAGUUGUGGUUCAAACUUAACAUGAAACUACUUGAUUUAUGUUAAAAGUCCAAGUUGGCCCAUAUCUUUUUUUUUUUUCUUUUUGUACUCCUGGAGUAAAACAAGGAAUAAACUGUCUUUGCAGAUUUGUUGAAUGGAGGAUACUGUGGCAUUAAUAUCAUGUUUGAUAUUAUAUAUGAAAUCAUUUUAGGGGGAAGAUAUUAACCCAAGGGCUGUCUUCCUUGCUGGUGGGAGUUGUUGGGAGCCAAAUGAUUGCAAUAAACUACUUGAAUAUGCCACAGUCUGAUGUGGUACUUUCUUUACUAUCCUACUUUACUAUCCUACCUCCCCUCCCCCAAAACAAAACCAUCUUGGGGAGAGUCCCAGAUUUUUUUCUUUGAGCUUUGAGAUUCAAAAGCUACUCAGCAUUUACAGAAUCACAGAAUUUUUAAAUUGGAAGGGCCCUUAGUAGUAGUCCUAUUCAUAUGUGGGGGAAGAAAAGCUGCUGUCCCAGCAAAAGGCCAACAAGCUUCCACUUGAAAGCCUCCAACUAUGGGAAUGCAUCACCACUUCAGGAGCGAAAGUUUUUCCUGAUGUCAUCAAUCCUAAACUUGCCCUUUUCUAACUUCCCAUUAUUCCAAGUUUUUCCACCUGUAGCCAAACUAAUAAGGCUAGUCCACUCUUCCAUAAGAUAGUCCUUGAAAUAUUUCAAGAUAGUUCUUAUUCUCCUAGUGAAUCUUCUUUUCUCUAGGCUGCUCGUCUCCAGAUCCUUGGCUGAAAGCCCUUUUCCAUCCUCUCAAAAUUAGGGUCCUUUACAAACUCUGGUGCCCAGAACCAAUCUGACCACAUCAGAAUUGUUGGAAUAUCCUCUCUUUGUCUCUGUAAGCCAUGCUUUUUAAGAUUGCAUUUGAGGUUUUCUUUUCUUUCUUUUCCUUUCUUUUUUUUUUUUUUUUUUUUUGGGCUGCCAUGUCACACUGCCCAAUUACAUUAAUCUUGUAGUUCUCUACAAUCUACAGAUAUUUUCCCAUUAUUUUCACUGCUGUCUUUUUAAUAUUAUUUUCUGAUUUUAUUUCUUCUCCCUUACCCAGUAAGCCAUCCUCUAUAAUCAUGAAUUUAAAAAAAAAUGAAAGGACAAUUUAGCACAGCUGAGUGUAUGAGCAGUAUUCUACAUCCUAAUCCCCUCCCUUGGCAAAGAAGGAACUCUUUUUAGGAACUCAACUCUUCUCUGGGGCUAAGCUUGGUCGUUAUAAUUACAAUAAUCAUUUAGGGUUUUGUUCUGUUUUAUGUUGCAAUUUCAUAAAUUGUUUGCUUGGUUCACUCUGCAUUGUUUCAUAAAAGUUUUUCCAAUGCUUCUUUGAAGUAACAUUUUUUUUUAAUUCCUCAGUGGAUGUGCAUCUAUUCCAGACCUUUUUCAAAUUGGCCAUCCUCCCUUAUUUUAUAUAUAAAUGCUCUAUGGCAUUCAGCUCCCUACUUUGCAUUUGCCUGCCAUUGUGAGUAAAGGAAGCAUUGAAAGAAUUUCUUUAUUUCUUGACCUUAUGUGACAUGAUGAAGCUUCAUGAGCUCCUGGCUUCUCCCACUGCUUCACUAAGAUCUUGAAAAGAAAGACCAUUGGUUUUUUCAACUGGUUCACCCCUUUCUUAUUCUUACAAGGAAGUCUUACAACUUCAAAGACCCCAUGAAAAAGUCUACAGACAAAGUUAGAAGUGGUCCAAGGGAUAACAUACAAGAGACUGCAAGGAGUCUCUUCGCCCCUACAGUAGCUUCCCAGAGAAUAAAAAUCCAGUGUUCUCUAGAUCAGGUAGCAUUCCAGGAAUUGCUAAGUAAAAGUUUCAUGGAGUUUCCAAACAUAGCACUGAGUGAUCGAUAAAAUGCUCCACCUGAUAAUGGAUAUGCAUCUAAGUGACUCAGCAUGUUUUUCAUGUACGCUUUCAAAAAUAGUCAAUGUACUAAAACCAAAACUUUUUAUUUUCUAUUUUAAUUUCUAUUUACAUUAUUGAUCAUUUUGUGUGUUUUUCUGGUUCUGCUGACUUCAUUUUGUAUUGGUUCAUAUAAAUCCUUCCAUACUCUG